UAUCGAACCCUUUUCUUCAUUGUUCCCAUCUGGGUUUCCCUUUGCUCAUCUUGAUCAUCUCCUCUGCUUUGUUGCAUGUGCUUUUGCUUUUUUGUGAAUUUAAAAAUGUUUCACGAGCACUUCAUUGUAUUUAGUUUAUCAAUAUAGUUUUUGAACAUUGGGAAGGAGAAUAAUGUGGUGAAUAUACCUCUAAUUUUCCUCUCUCUUUUUUUCAUUUCCUCUUUUGAUUUGAAAGAACAGAGAAGGGAGUUAGAAUUCGUGGAUUAAAUUCAGAAAGCUGCUGCUGAUUUUUUAGUUUAGAGUGACUUUAGGCAUCUGGGUUUUCAAUUUUUGAGCAAAAAGUUCAAUCUUUUGUGGGUGAAAAGCGAGGAGAUUUGUGGGGUGUUUUUCUUUUUCCUAACAAGGGCACAAAGCUGAAGGGAGGGUUAUCUUUUCGGUGGUUGAGAUUGGGUAACUUAGAGCUUGGUCUGAUCUGUGGUGUUAGAUAAGUUAGUUGGAGUUUUCGGAUGAGAGGGGGGUAUAUGGCCCCCUUUGUUGCUUUGUUUUCAGAGAAACAGGCGUAAAACAAACUUCUGUAUGGUCUCAGAUUAUAAUUAUAUUCGCCAACUGUUGCUCUUGAAAUCGGGUUUUGCUCUGUGACUCAUUAGACCCAAGAGUGUUUAUGCGAAUUGUUUCGGAACCUAAGGUACUGGUGUUGUGCUUUUAGGGGCGGCAUUUUGUUUGUUUGUAUGAAUUAUGUUCAAACAGAUACUAAGUAAGCUUCCCCGGAAGUCUUCUAAGAAUUCCGAAAGUCGUGAUGGAAGCCAUACAAUGUAUUCGAAUCCUCCCACCAGUUCAAGAAGCAGUGAUUUCGGGAUCAGUAAGUCUGGCAAUUUGGUUACAUCUUUCCCAGCCGGAAAUCCUGUUUCAGAUGUGGGGAAAAGUUAUGGCAACAAGAAUGUGAGGGGUGCAAAUUUGAAGCCGAAUGGCUUUGUGCUCUCUUCUUCUUAUGAAGCAUUGCCUGGAUUUAGAGAUGUUCCCAAUUCUGAGAAGCAGAGCUUAUUCAUUAAAAAGCUGAACUUGUGCUGUGUUGUAUUUGACUUCACUGACCCAACAAAGCAUCUGAAAGAAAAGGAGAUCAAGCGACAGACACUGUUAGAGCUGGUGGAUUAUGUGACUUCAGCAAAUGGUAAAUUUACAGAAACUGUUAUGCAAGAAAUUGCAAAAAUGGUAUCUACAAAUUUGUUUAGGUCGUUCACCCCGCAGCCACGUGAGAAUAAACUUGUAGAAGGCUUUGAUUUGGAAGAGGAUGAACCUUCAAUGGAUCCUGCAUGGCCUCACUUGCAAUUAGUGUAUGAGUUUUUGUUAAGGUUUGUCGCAUCACCUGAGACCGAUGCAAAAUUAGCUAAAAGAUAUGUUGAUCACUCGUUCAUUCUCAAGUUGCUUGAUCUUUUUGACUCCGAAGAUCCUAGAGAAAGGGAGUAUUUGAAAACAAUUCUGCACCGAGUUUAUGGAAAAUUUAUGGUGCAUCGCCCAUUCAUCAGGAAGGCUAUUAACAACAUCUUUUAUCGUUUCAUCUUUGAGACUGAGAAGCAUAAUGGGAUUUCUGAACUCCUGGAAAUUUUGGGCAGUAUUAUAAAUGGGUUUGCUCUACCACUGAAAGAAGAGCAUAAAUUGUUCCUUGUUCGAGCUCUAAUCCCCCUGCAUAAGCCAAAAUGCCUAGCUAUGUACCAUCAACAAUUAUCUUACUCCAUUAUACAAUUUGUAGAGAAAGAUUGCAAACUUGCUGAUACUGUCAUAAGGGGUUUACUGAAGUACUGGCCGAUCACUAAUAGUUCAAAGGAAGUAUUGUUCCUAAGUGAGUUAGAGGAAGUUUUAGAAGCAACUCAGCCAUCUGAAUUCCAGCGCUGCAUGGUUCCCUUGUUUCGCCAGAUUGCUCAUUGUUUAAACAGUUCUCACUUUCAGGUGGCAGAGAGAGCUUUAUUUUUAUGGAACAACGAUCACAUUGAGAACUUAAUCAGACAGAAUCGUAAAGUUAUACUGCCCAUUAUCUUCCCUGCAUUGGAGAAAAAUGCUAGAAACCAUUGGAAUCAGGCUGUCCAUAGCUUGACCUUAAAUGUCCACAAAAUCUUCCAAGAUCUUGAUCCAGAGCUGUACAAGGAAUGCUUACUCCAGUUUGAGGAAGACGAGUCAAAGGAGGAAGAGGUUAAAGCACGACGCGAUGCCACAUGGAAACGUUUGGAAGAAAUUGCUGCAAAGAAAGCUGCAAGCAACGAACCUGUGCUUGUUUUCGGCAAAGCACCUCCCCGCUCUAGUUGAGUUUAGCUGAAGAAAGUUGACCAUUCAAUGACAUCAAAUUUUUUUCUCUGAUCAAAAUGGGAUUGGUAAUACUACUGGCAAAAUGGUUCAGGUGGUGGAAUGCUCGUACUUUGUUGAUUGCUCACUGCUACUGAAUAUUCCAACAUCAUAUGCAUGUAUGUUGUAGUUGUAGCUAGGAAAAGGUUCUGGCAGAUGACCACAUAGUCCAACAAACAUUCUGCCUCGUUUGUUUCUUGUAUUGUUAUUUCAUAGCUGUUCUUUUGCUUAAAAUGAUAUACAGAUAUGCAAUUCUACCACCCC